AUGGUCGAUAGCAAAAUGCGCAAACGACCGACUUCUGUCUGCAUGGACAGCAACGGAGGCGGCUCGGCCGCGCCUGUGUUCCUGCAGAAGACAUAUGAUAUGAUCGAGAGCUCGCCAUCCGCGGUCGCGUGCUGGAGCGACGCCGGCACCUCUUUUAUCAUCAAGCUACCGCGUGAGUUUGCCAAGACAAUGCUACCACGCUACUUCAAGCAUAACAACUUCAGCAGCUUUGUGCGUCAAUUGAAUUUCUACGGCUUUCGCAAGCACAAGAAAGACGAGAUUGUCAUCUCUGUUGAGAUGGACGAGAGCAAGAAUUGGUGGGAGUUUUAUCAUGAGAAGUUCGUACGUGGACGCCAGGAGCUCAUGGCUCAGAUUCGUCGUAAGACGUACUCGGAGCCAUCCUCUCCUGACCACGAGGAAGUUGAGACACUCAAGCAGUCAGUGCAGAGUCUGCAAGGUCAAGUGUCGGAGCUCAUGGGGCAACUUUCGGACCUCACUGGACUUGUUAAGAAUUUACUGCAGGAUAAGCAGACCCCGAUGCCUUUGCCACGUGCUCCUAAGCGCAUGAAGAUCAAUGAAUCUCCAUUGUCUGUGUCGAGAAUGUCGGUCUCUCCACCUGCUAAUGUCAUGCAAGAGGCCUAUGCGCACAUGCCAGUACAAUCUCCACAGCCUCGCCAGUCUCAGCCCAAUAUGUUGCUGGAUGGCAUGCCAAAGACCCAGAGCCAACGCACACGAGAAAUGUCUCUUAUGGAGUGGACCGAGUCGUAUGGCAUGGACUAUCUUCUUCACGACUCGGGACGACCGCUGCCGCUAUUUACCGAGGACAUGCUCAAGUACGAUUGA